GUGGCUCUUGCAAAGGAAGUCGGUGUCUUUUACGGCGACGGAAUUCUGCCAUACGACAAAAUCGGAGCCACGGCUACAUUCCUCCACCUGACCGGCUUGUCUAUCGCCAUCACUACAGCAGUCAGUCUCACCCGUGGCGAUAACAGUGUUGAUGCCCUGGAUGAAGUGCAUAUCUACCAAGCGGAAAGAAUUCAACUCCUCCGAGAAUGGUGCAGAGGGGAAAGAAGCAACUGGCUUGAUGUCUUGCCGCUGAUAGACUUUUCCGCUGGCAUCGAAGAUGAUCAGUUGAUCAACCGUCCAGGGAAAGGCGGGAGUGCUGGUCUUAUCCUACUAAAGCUUCUUCUAUGGACCAUCGGGUUUCGUGCUACGGAUCAGCGGGAUGUCGUAUACGGACUGUGGGGGAUUCUUCAACACAUGGCUAAUGCCCAGAGCGUUGACAUGCCGAAGCAUCUGCAACCAAACUACGACAUUAGCGCGGCAGAGCUUCUUGAAAGGGUGGCAAGAGAAAUCUUGGAAACAUCUGGCACAUUGAUGCUCCUUACCUUGGUCAAGGGUCCGUCCCGACGCAAGACCCCGGGGCUGCUCUCUUGGUGUCCAGACUUUUCGUCGAUUCUCGACAGUCAUCCCCUCUGUGGCCCAAAAUUCAAAUCUGUGGCAAAGGUCAAUGCAGGUGGACAUGUGUCAGGGAUGCUAGAUCGACUUUCGCUGAGAACGGAGGAUGCAACAAUUCACCUGAAAGUAGUCUCGCUUGGCACAGUCGAACUGAUUGGCGGGUCUUCUACGGAAAUCAAGGACGCAAAGGUCGAGGGGUGGAUAAAGAUCUUGUCCCGCAUGGGUCAAGUCUACCCUCCGACAGCCCAGUCCUCCCUUGAAGCCUUCUGGCGAACACUCAUUCACGAUGAUGACUUUUCUAGUCGCCCGGCUAAGCUUCCUCAGCCCGAGAACUUUCGGGACGUGAUCUUGAUGCUCAUGCUCAAAAGGCUUAAUAGGGUGUUUGAAGCUGACGGGAUUGAGGCAGUGACGGAGCUUAUCCAGUCUUGGAAGGACCUUGGUCUCGACGGUCUGGCCGAGAGAUACCCUAAUCAUAUCUACGGUACCAGUUUCUUGAAGUCCUGUUGUAGGUGGAUUGGCCUUCUCCCUGAAACAGAAACCGAGCACUUGCUUCCCCCUGAGGAGAGUGCAACAUGGAGGCAAAGCCGACACGCCAGUGCUGCCGUGUUCGAGCUGCUACUCGGAGGUACAAUAUUCUUUCGCCGCAUCGCCCUCACUUCUGGGGGACACCUAGCCCACGCUUCUGAGUCUAUGUCCACUGGAGAUGAAGUAUGGAUA